UGAAUGAACCGUAUUUGAUUUACAUAGUCAACAAAAUGCUAGAUUGUCAGUAUCAAACUGUUACUCUGAUAAACUGUAGUUGGUUUCAAAAUGAUAAUGAUAUCCCUCAGAAGUGUAAGUAACUUAAAACUUUAAGUAACAUGCAAUUUUGUUAAUUUCAUAGUAUGCACAUCAUCAAAACCCCGACUACCACAUUGUCUCACGUUUUCGACUUAGUCUUCAAUGUUAUUUGCUUGUGCGUAUCCCUCACUGUGAUGCUGUAUGUGAGGAUGUUCAUGAUAAAGGUUGCAUGACGUCAAGGAGCAUUCAAGUAACUAUAACGCCCCGCAUCUAUCGUUCCUUUCGGAUUUGCCGCCGCAAAGGGAUUUUUGCUAAUGUGCAUCUAAGAGCGAAUAUAUUUUUUUCACUUGCUCCUUUGUGGACUCUAAAAAUGGGAAGAUUAGACACACUGAGAGAAUUUAAUUUAUUGUCAUGGAUGAGAGAGGAAAGACAAUCGAGGAAGUUGAUCCUGGUCAUCGUUUUCAUCGCCUUGCUGCUGGAUAAUAUGCUUCUAACGGUGGUCGUCCCCAUCAUCCCAAGCUACCUAUACACAAUUGAUGAUGCAGCAGCCAACGUGGCCAAGAAUCACACUACGGCCUCCCCACACACCCCUUCUGGAACCUUCCAGACCAUCGUGUCCCUCUAUGACAACUCUGUCAGGGUAACCAGCGGAGGCCCAAUGGACUCCACACCCAUACCCUUGGGUCAGACGCAGGGGGUCUCUUCUUCCACCUCGGCUCUCACACCCCACAACUCCACACAGCCCGACUGCCCCAAAGCAGACGAUCAGCUGCUCAAUGAGAAUGUGAAAGUGGGACUACUGUUUGCCUCCAAGGCCACUGUACAGCUCAUCACCAACCCCUUCAUUGGCCCUCUCACCAACAGAAUAGGAUACCAGAUCCCCAUGUUUGCCGGGUUCUGUAUUAUGUUCCUGUCAACCAUCAUGUUCGCCUUCUCAUCGAGCUACACUCUGCUGUUUCUGGCCAGAUCCCUGCAGGGUGUGGGCUCCUCCUGCUCCUCUGUGGCUGGGAUGGGGAUGCUUGCCAGUGUGUACACAGAUGAUGAGGAGAGGGGAAAUGCCAUUGGGAUAGCCCUCGGUGGUCUGGCCAUGGGCGUGCUGGUGGGCCCACCAUUUGGCAGUGUCAUGUAUGAGUUUGUGGGGAAAACGGCGCCUUUCCUCAUUCUGGCUGUUCUGGCUGUGCUGGAUGGAGCACUGCAACUGUUCAUUCUCCAGCCCUCAAAGGUGGAACCAGAGAGCCAGAAAGGGUCUUCACUAUGGAGUCUUAUGAAAGAUCCAUACAUACUCAUUGCUGCAGGAUCCAUUUGUUUUGCAAACAUGGCCAUCGCCAUGUUAGAACCAGCGUUGCCUAUUUGGAUGAUGGAGACCAUGUGUCCAAGAAAAUGGCAGCUAGGCAUUGCCUUCGUGCCAGCCAGCAUCUCUUACCUUAUUGGAACCAACAUCUUUGGCGUCCUCGCACACAAGAUGGGGAGAUGGCUGUGCUCUCUCAUCGGGAUGGUCCUCGUGGGGGUUAGCAUCCUCUGUGUUCCUUUUGCUAAGGACAUCUAUGGACUAAUACUUCCGAAUUUCGGUGUUGGUUUUGCAAUUGGCAUGGUGGAUUCCUCUAUGAUGCCAAUCAUGGGCUAUUUAGUGGACCUGAGACAUGUGUCAGUCUAUGGCACUGUGUACGCCAUUGCUGAUGUGGCAUUCUGCAUGGGCUUUGCUUUAGGUCCGUCCGCUGGGGGUGCCAUAGCGAAGAGCAUUGGGUUCUCCUGGCUCAUGACCAUCAUCGGCAUCGUGGACAUCCUCUUUGCUCCCCUCUGCUACUUCCUCAGGAGUCCUCCUGGGAGGGAAGAGAAAAUGGCCAUCUUGAUGGACUCCAACUGCGCAAUGAAGACCCGCUCAUACUCAACACAAGGGAACACAGAAUACGAAGAGAUGGAGACAGAGUAUGAUGAGUAGUAAUGGACACCAGACAGGUAUGUUACCUUCCAGAGGAUCUAUUUUGUUGUACAAAAACAGAUAAAAAUUGAAAAUACAAAAAAAAAAACAGCAAAGCUGAUUUGAUGUGAAUGUCCCAAGUGCGGUCGGUCUUCACUGUUCUAUGUCAUUGUGAUCGUACGACUGGAGCAAACCAAAGCUGUUCUUAUCCCCCUGUGGUCACAAGCACGUUGCUUGUGUUUAUUUUUAGCCAACAGCCUUAUCCAACGGAGGUGGAACACUUGUCAAAGCAGCGUUUUCAUAGGCCGUAAUAGUAGAACGUUGUGAGUCAUAUUUACUGGAUAGUUCAGCUGAGGGGGAUCUUAUAGAUCACCAAAUUGUGUACUGUAGGUUAGCAAGGAGUACAAACCUGUCUUAAUAAUUCACCUUUUGGCCAUUAACAGUCUUCACCAACAUAUCUAAUACAGAAAUAUGGAAAAAAUGGUACUUAGAGAGUUACUUCUAUCUGUGUAGAAACUGACGUUGGAUCAGAUUCAACAUCUCGAACAAGGCACUAUGAGGACACUGCUUUAGUGUUUGUCAUUCUAUUUGUUGAUUAUAAUUGUAUUAUGAUGAGAUGGUAAAUUAUUUAGAUAUAGAGUAUUACAUAGUCUAUACAAGUUACUCAAUACAUUUGGAAUGAGAAUUUGUUAACUUCUUUGGACAAGGCAAAUCCUGAUGUAUGGGUUACAUUUGACCUUGAAAUUGGCCUUUUUUUCAUUGAUUCUACAAACAUGUUUUUACGUUGACAUUCAAAUUGAGGAAAUACCUGAACUGAAACCUUUGAAGUCAUAGAAAGUUAUAUCCCCAGAAACCAGUGCUGUCCUGGGUUGACUGCUUAUGGCUAUUUGCAUGGUAUACCACAUAAAAAACACAGCAUCACUCCAAUAUCAUCCUCAGUUUCACCUUCCACCUAAAAGAAAAGGUGCUUUUCUUAGUGAAAAAAAAAGGUGCUUUUCUUUUCUUUCUUUUCUUUUUUUAUUUGUACAUUUUGGAAAGCCAUUUGAAUGUGUGGAAAAGUAAGACUUAUAUCUGAGUGAUUUUUGAAUACAGAUAAUAGAAUUGUAUCUUUCUGUUUACCCUCAGCUCCAUUUACAGACAAUUGGAAACAUAUCUUAUAGGCUUUUCUUAGUGUGUUUGUGUCAAUACAAUGUUUAGGUAGAUGAUGUGCAACUAAGAUUUUUUUAACCUUCCCUAUUGAUAUUACAAGCCAUAAAAUAUACGGUGGUGAAAAGUAAACAUAUACAGACACAGCAUUACUCAGUUGUCUCUGAUUAAACAUCACCUUAAGGAGAGGAGAAAUUCUAUAAGCACUUUAUCAGAGUCUAGAUAUCCACACCAUUUAACUCCAAGGACAGUUCUAGUAUGUUAAUGUUGGUUUAGCAGAGAGAGAAUAUUGAGGUGAUCAGUCUGUUUUGUCACGUUGUCUGUUAGUAAGAAAAAACUCUCAAAGUUUUAUCAAAGAUAAAUGCACUGAUUAUUAUUGUGUUUUAAGUACACUUUCCCAGUAGUGUUAAUCCCUAAAAUAAGCAGAUACUCCGUGUAUUUUCAAGCACUAAUGUUCAAUUUUAGGUCCCAAUCUUUCCCAAUUUGAAUCUUAGUUAAACUAAUCCCUUGAGAGCAUUAACUUUAUUAUUUGUGAAUUUAUUGAUCACUUCCAGGUCAUCAAAAAGUAGACCCUUUUUCUAGCUGCUUAACACACAAUACAGAAAGCACAGCAUACAUUGUUUCCAAAAUGAAAUAAGAGUUUAUUAUUGUCCAGCAGUGCAUGCACAUACACUGAGUAUACCAAACAUUAGGAACACCUUCAUAAUAUUGAGUUACACCCCCCCCCUUUUUGCCCUCAGAAUAGCCUCAAUUUUGUUGGGGAAUGGACUCUACAAGGUGUCAAGUUUUCCACAGGGAUGCUGGCCCAUGUUGACUCCAAUGCUUCCCACAGUUGUGUCAAGUUGGCUGGAUGUCCUUUGGGUGGUGGGCCAUCCUUGAUACACAAUGGAAACUGUUGAGUGUGAAAAACCCAGCAGUGUUGCAGUUCUUGACACAAACCAGUGCGCCUGGCACCUACUACCAUACUCCAUUCAAAGGCACUUAAAUCUUUUGUCUUGCCCAUUCACCCACUGAAUGGUACACUUACACAAUCAAUGUCUCAAGGAUUUAAAAAAUAAUCCUUAUUUAACCUGUCUCCUUCCCUUCAUAUAAACUGAUUGAAGUGGAUUUAACAUGGGUCAUCAAUAAGUAUACAUACACACUUAAGUCUGAGGAUUUGAUUGGCUGACUGGGCCCUGGCCUGCACAUAUCAUUAAUGAAUUGUGUGUGCAGUCAGUCACCAGUAUUAAUCCACAACACAGGGCCAUGAAGGGGCCCUCCCCUUUACCCCACCCCCUCUCCUCUCCUAUUUGUCUUGAAGCAGAAAAUGAAAAUUGACUCAUCCACUAUUCUGCUUUUUGUCAAAAUCCCGGUGAUCUAACAGAAAAAGCCAGGCAUACAAAGCACGGCUAAUAACUGUCAAAUAUAUAUGUAAUUGUUUGGUAAAGUGCAUUUAUUACAAACCAUUAUUUGGUUCUUCAAGCAAAUCUGACAUCUAGAUAUCCUGGAAAUCUGUAAAAAUCUUUGAAAAUACUUUAAUGCCCUUGCCACAGAAAAGCACCAUGGCCCAUAUUCAAAAUGUCAAAUAAGAUUGCAUUUUGAAGUAUAUGGACUGUUAUUUGCCGAACUCUGGGUUUUCUGGAUUGCAGGUCUGUUUGAAUGGACACUCAAAUGAGCUUCAUUGUAUAUUAAUGAUAUAAGCAAAAUUGUCUGUGGUGGAGUUGACAGAGAUAAUUACCUGAAAACUUUAAUAUUAGUUGCAUUAUUUUCUCAAAUGUAUAUUUAAAUUCACCACACCCUUAAUGAAAAUAUUCUUAUGUCAAGAUGGCUACUAUUCUAAGAGGUUGUCGUUAUUUUGCAAUACAUUGUCGGGUCAUGUAGAUUACAUCAUUGAUUAUAUAUUGUGGAGAUGAAUAUAUUUUUUUGUCAUUUGUUUAGAUGCGAAAUGUAUUGCACACUUGCACAAAAUGUGUGUGUGUGUGCUCAUGUUGGUGUGUGUGCCUUCUGACAUGUAUGUCAUUGGUUUGUGUGUAUAUCAAAUACUUACUAACUGGUACAAAAAAACUAAUGUUGACAUUUUAUAAUCUGGACUGGUUGUUUACUUGUAAAGUGUGCUGAUUGUGUAAUAUAUGUUGAUACUCAGUGGGGAUGGGAAACAAAAAUAAAUGUUGUAUACUCUGAAAAA